AUGGUCCAACAUCCCAUCUAUAACGCACCCGAGAACUCAAAGCAUAUAAGCACAUCAUCGAGCGUGUACUCACACCACCCGGGCAAACAUCUUAGCACGUCAUCCAGUGUCUAUUCAGCUGCUGAGCCGGAAGAAUAUCAACCAAACACAGCAGCCAUUCUUGAGGAAGAAGAAGAAGAAGAAGAAGUGGAGGAGGCAAGUGAAUAUGGAAAUCACAACUAUUCUAGACCCACCUCGGGUUUUUCUUAUGUCGAAGGAGAACACCUCAGUCGCAAAAUCGCCAACGAGGAGUCGGUUCAGACAUUCCAGUCUUUCAGGACCGCCCACACUAGAAACGAGGACGAAAUACGGUACCAGCAGCACGAGCGCGAGCACGAGCGCGAGCGCGACCAGAGCUACUCGUCUUUCCAGAAUAGCUCCCUCCCAGAAGUUGAUCACCAAAUAGACAAUGACGAAACGCCUUUGCUCAAUGAGUCCGACACGUUUACCGAAAGAAACAUGGACAAGACACCCUUGAUCGACAACAACGGAUACGUGGUGGAAACCGCCGCUACUGCUGAAGAGCCAACUACAUUUCUACCUCAACGAGAAUUGAGCAAGAAAUUCAAACGGUUGUCGAUGAGACUUCAAAAUGCCAACGCCUCGGAAAACUCCCACCAGUUUAUGAGCAGUUUCCAGCAAAAUGUCGAAAAGGCCAAUAUAGCAGCCUCGACGUCUCAAGAGUUUGGCGUAACGAGAAGGAGCACAUACUACCAGAAAAUCGAGCGGCCUUCUUCCGAGCUUUCCCAUGGUGAAAAUACGCCAACAAGAGCUCAACAAGGUGAAGAUCAAGAUCAAGAUCAAGAUCCAAGUCACUUGCUACGCAGUGACCAGCACUCAGAAGUUAGCUCCGUGAGUAGCUGUGCCUCGAGUAUACACACUGAUAUCUCUAGUGUCCAAGAGCACGGAGAUUUAAAGAAUAGCUCGUCGUCAUUCUUUGUAUUCAGCAGCAGCUAUCCAUCCAGCUACAACAUCAAAGGGUCUCAAGCACCAAACGAAGUCCCAGCACGAAGAGACCUCCUUGAAACACCAACUGAGGAGGAAAAAUUCAAGGUGUAUAACAAUGGCACCGAGAAUAUCUCACAAUUGGGUGGACUCAACAUCAUCUAUGAUGAAGCAAACAAUAUUGGCGUAGACCAGCAAAAAGGCACCAUAAAGAAGAAAGAGGAGACCCAAACGGAGUCGCAAACCGAUGCUGCAAGUUUGCUCGAUGAAGAGGACAUGUCCUCAUUGUUUAUACGUGCUUUACACUCCUUUGACUCGUCAACCUUGCAAUCUGAAUCCGAUGCAUCCAUAUGCUUGUCUUUCCAGAAAAAUGACCUCGGAUUCGUGCACACCAUCGAUGAAUCAGGAUGGGGUGAAGUAACCCUCGUUGAGUCCUUGGAAAGAGGAUGGAUCCCAAUGAACUAUUUCGCCAUUGCUGUAUCCGAUGAAAAAUGGAACGAAGAUGAAGAAAACGAUGACAAUGACGACGAUGAUGCAGCGGAGAUGGAACGCAGCAACCUUCCCAAUAGCCAUUACCUCAAGCCGUUGUUUCAAUCGUGUGGAAAAUUUCUUUUAAACCCGCUUAGUCACAAGAAUCGCAAAGGUAAAUUUACAUUUUCAAUCAAGGUAGUCAAUGCCAUCAGAGAUGGUGUACGAAUGCUUCUUCAGCAAACCGACUGUCUUUCAAGAUCGAAUGAAAUCGUCACCAAGCGUCAAAUUGUGCGGAAAUCUAGAAAGUCGUUGCUCGCAGAUUGGUAUAAUUUGAUGCUAAAGGCCAACGAGUUUAAAGGCACGUCCAACUUUAACAAGAUUGAGAUUCUCACCUUGAUGGUAUACCAAGUAGCUGGCAAGGCCAUUUCCUUUUUGGAAAUCUGGUCGGUUGAAAGCAAGAAAAUCGUGAAGCGAGAUAACGAGCGCAAGUUGCACGACGACUUGAACAAUUACCCGCUUUUGCAGUCGCCGCCUUUGGCCAAGCAAAGAAUCACCGAGAUCAACGGCAUCCUUUUCUCCUAUUUGGGGCUCGUGAUUGGAAGAUUGGACUUGAUCGAGCAUAACCAGGUUGGGUGUGAGAUUUUAGAAACAUUGGCGCAUCAGAUCAUCUUGCUCCUUCGCGAACUCUUGUUCAUUUCUAAAACAGGGUCAGAUUUCAGUUCCAAAAAGCCGGAUGAUUUGGACAGCUCUUUGGACGGUCUACUCUCGUUGGUCAGCGACUUGGUCACUGGUGUUAAGAACUUGGUGGUCAAGACUGUCAAUGAAGGGGAAAAUAACUACAUCAACAAUUUCAACCUGAGGCGAGAAUAUUUCUACACCGAGGAAGGAGGCACUUUGCUUCAAGUUGCCGCAAAGAUGAUCAGGGCAAUUAGCAGCACCGUCGUGUCUGUGAAGAAGCUUCUUGAUCUCACCGGUGACUUUACCUUGAAUUCCGAGCGGUCGUAUCCUGAUUAUUCGCGGAUGAGGAUCGAGCCCCAGGAAUUUGUCAAAAAAUGCAUGGCAGGGAUCAAAGGUAAGCUUGCAAACCCAAUUCCCAACGGCAAUGGAGUUGGCAAUGGCAAUGGCAAUGGCAAUGGCAAUGGUUACGAUCAUAUCAGUGGCGAGGCAAGCAAGCCGUACAAGGCUAAUCGAUACUCCAUGGUUAGAGCGGGCCACAGUGGGAACUUGGGCAUCACCGAAAGUGGCACUGACUUUCUUCAGCAUUUCCAAGAUUCUCCGUUUAUGGCAAAUUCUGCCGAAUUCAAGAGGUUCACUACCACCGAGCCUUCAUCACAGGGGGACGCGGCCGCCAUGAACGAAGUUGCCGUUCAACAGCUCCAAAAAGAGCUUGUCAUUGACCAAAAUGGGCAAUUGAUUGGUGGGUCCUUGAAAGGGUUGGUAUAUACACUAACCAAUGAGGAAGAACCUCCCGAGAGCUUCUUUGUUUCUACUUUCCUUACCUGUUUCAGAAGCUUUGUCAAUGGAAUUGACUUGAUCGAGGAGUUGAUUGCCCGAUUCCAAGUGCACGUCGUUGACGUGAAAAACGUCGAAUACGAGAUCAUGUUGAAAAAGAGAAGAAGAUUGAUUGUGAAAAUUUUCCAGUUGUGGAUGGAGAGUUAUUGGAACCAGGAAGCCGACUACAAUUUGUUGACUACAUUGAUCAACUUUUUUAAUGAGGGUAUAAGUGACAUCUUACCUAAUGAAGCCCUCUUUUUGAUCGAGAUUGGGGCCAAGUUGUCGACUAGACCCUUGAUUGAGAACAAGAGCAGUAGGCGGAGAUCACCACAAAAACAAUUGGUGGAAAGGAACAUCAUCAUGCGAGUUGAGCUGGAGACCGACGAAAUAUCAUUUGGCAACGACCUUGCGUUUGAAAUGGCUAGCACCGAUUCUGAUGCGUCAAGUGCCAAGUCCUUGGAUAUACCAUUGGAAUCGUCUUCAACUUCAAAUUCAUUGCUCAGUCGCAGGCAAGCGGAAACCAUUCAAAAAAUCAUCAUGACAUAUAGGUCGAUUUUGGGCGACAGUUGGUGCUCGCUCAGAUAUCUUGACACUUAUAAGCCACUAGACUUGAACAAUGUCUUGUCUCAUUUCGCCAUCAUCUGUGAUCAAGGAUGGGUGCUUUCCAACUAUAGACCAAAUUUGCUCGAUUUCAAUGGAUUGGAGAUUGCCAAGCAACUAACCAUGAUUGAAUCAAAGAUUUUCUGCUCAAUCCAACCGCAGGAGUUGCUUAACCAGAACUUUACAAACAAGAGAGCUCAUCUCAAUUUGUCACCAAACGUGAGGAUUUCCCUCUUGUUCACCAACUGCUUGUCCAAUUAUGUUUUGGAAUCAAUUUUGCGACCCAAUCUUGAAGUCAAGGAACGAGUCAAUGCCUUGAAAGUAUGGCUCAAGAUUGCCAUUUCUUCGUUGUAUUUAAGAAACUUCAACAGUUUGGCUGCGAUCAUCACUGCGUUGCAGAGCCACUUGGUGACACGUGUGCAUUUCAUCUGGGCCAACUUGUCGCAAAAGUAUGUUGACUUGUACAAGUACUUGGUGUCGAUUAUCAGCAUGGAAAAGAAUUAUUCAACCUACAGAAGCAAAAUCAGAAACUUGUUGAACACCUCGGCCACUUCUUCAUCGCCGAUCCCGGCAAUUGUUCCCUAUGUCAAUUUGUUUAUCUCAGAUAUAACAACGACAACCGAAGGUAUACCGAACCACAUUCCUUCAUCAUCGAGCAACUUUCUCGAUCGCAAAGUAAUUAAUUUCCAAAAAUUCUUUAAAAUUGUCAAGACUAUUGCUGAUUUGCAGCAGUUGCAAUUGCCGUAUCAUACAUGCGACGAGUCGCCGUCGGCUCUUCCAGAUAUAGACGUUGAGUAUACCGUGGUGCAAAAUAUCCCGGCUUUACAAGAGUUGAUUUUACUAGAGCUUUGGAAGGUAAACAUUUUGUAUAAGGGAGAUGAAGACCGUGGUUGGAAAUUGAGUUGCGAGAUUGUGCAAGGACGCUAA